AUGUCCGCUACACCUAAGAAGCCGCUAUCCGCAGCGCACGGCCGGACUUCCUCGACCGAGAACACACCUCCUUCGAGACAGACUCGAGCGUCUACACCGACUUCUUCCACAAAUGGUACAGGAACCUCUAACACCCCAUCGAGGACACGGUCUACCCGAGGCGGUACACCAAUAUCAGCGCGAGCCGCUGCUACGCACAGGUCAACCUCGUCUCUAAGUGUUUCCAGCACAUCUGGUAACACUGAGGCCCGCGCCGAGACGCUUGCUCUGAUCGAAGACCUAAAAGAGCGGUUACAAAAGGCAGAUAUCGCUUCCGAGCAGCAUAAGAAACAAGCAGAGGUUCUGCAGACAAGACUCGACGAUGCCCUUAAAGAGCAGGCUAAAUUAGAAGAAAGGGUGCACGAGAGCGAGGAGCAGAUCGAGGCACUUAGAAACGAGAAACGGGACGCCGCGAGGCAAAUUCGCGAGAUGGAAGCAAUCUACGAAACCGAACGGAGCUCCAUGAUGAAAGAGAAGGAAGAGAUGGGGAAUCGUGAAGAGGAGAUGCAAACUGUGAUCAAUAGACUAAAGGAGGCCCUUAACCAGAGGAACGCAGAGGACGAAAAUCGCCCGACGAGGCAAUCGAGUAAUCCCUCUCCUAGUGUAGAGAACGGGAAUUUUGCUCCGCCUUCUUCGAUUCAGCGUAGCGAUUCUAGGAACAACUCCAAGCUCUUGCUUCAGAAGGAUAAGUUGAUUGAGUCCCUACGUCUCGAGCUCGCAGAAGCCCAGAUCAAACUUGUGGAGACUGAGAAUCAAGGCGGCGGACGCCUGCACGAAGUUGAACGCUUGCUCAUGGAGGCCCGAAUGGCCAACGCACGGCUGAUGGAAGAUAACGAGUCAUAUCAGCUACUUCUACAGGAGAAAACGCUCCACGGCGAGUUUGGCAAGGGCGACUUUGGCUACAUGAGUGUGUCUGGCACCAAUCAAGACGCACUAAAUGCUCUCGAAGGUCGGUCCAACGCCGGGGACAAUCCGCCGGCGGCAGGAGCUAGUUUGGCCGAUGAAUUGGGUGCUCUCGGUGGGGACGAGAAGGCUGCUGAUGAGGAGACUGUGCGCCGUCUCGAGACUGAACUACGCGCUGCUAAGGACCAGAACAAAGCCCUUACGUUGUAUAUUAACAAAAUCAUCGAGCGGCUCCUCCAACACCAAGAAUUCGAGCACAUCCUCGACCAGUCCUCCGACUUUAAACCAGGCGCGAAUGUACACAAGGAUCUCCCACCACCUCCAGCGACUCCUCAGGGAAGUUCGUUCCUAUUGCGCGCCAAAUCUAUCGCCACUGGCCCUACGGCUCGACCGAAGCCAAGGCCUCUGACUAUGUCUGCGGCACACCCAGCCCAGUCAGUCUCUGCGCACACCAACCCGGAGACGGCUCCUAGCAUUCCUCUUACCGGGAUCGGGCGCUCUCAGAGCUCAGCGCGACGCCUCGGACGACCUAUGAGCGAGCAGCUGUCGGGAGCAGCCGGUAUUGUGAACGCCAUGUACAAGGGGCCCGACGGUCCGCUAUCCCCAACUCUAAGUACUACAUCGUCGUCAGCGCGACAUUCCCAGUCAUUCUUCUCGCCUGGAGGUCGAUCGCAUUCGAGCACCAACGGCAGCUCAGGCAACUUUCCGGGUAUGCGCAGCGAAACUAGCAGUGUGAGUGGUGACUCGGCCGCGGAUGGAACGACAGCUACCUCCGCCAGCCAGAGCCCGCCUAGAACUAUAGGCAGCAUAGCUGAAAAGGGCACUACGCUCGCGGGUAACAAACCGAGACCAUUGAGGCUUGUUCAGGAGAACAACGAAAAGGAGCGCGCGGAGAACAAGCGCGGGAGCUGGAUCGGCUGGGCAAGCAGCGCCUGGGGGAAGAAGGAUGAACAUGAGAGCGUGCGGUAG